UUUGUGGUGGUCACAUUUUAAAUGCCGAAGAAGACGUUCUUCAGGGGGAGCUAAAGACUGUGACCCUGUCGAAUUAACUUCAUUAAAAUAUAUGUAUAUUAGUAUUAUAUUUUAUAUAUAUGUAUGUAUAUAAACAGUAAAAUAUGUGGAGGUUAAGUAGAGUCUGCCAUAAAACUCGUCGAGCUGGCUACAGCUUGGAGGACUUCAGGUUAAAGAGACGAGAACACGAAAAAGCUCUUCGUCAGGCUCGCAGAGACAAACAACUGGUGAGCAAGAGACUCCUGCUGAAUGAUGAAGAGGUGCAGCAAGAAGCCACCAUGGACACUUCCUCUGAGGAAAAGGAUAUUGUCGCUUUGUUCAACCAACUUCAACACAGUGGUCCUGAGAAGGAAGCCGUCCUCAAAACCUUGAGCCUAUUUCUCCGUGACUCGUUGACUCAACUCACCUUCAUCAAGCAAGAAAACAGUAUCCACAUGCUUGUUGGCUUCCUCACCGGCACCAACACUCGAUGCCGCCUGCACUCUGUCCGCUGUCUCCACGAGCUGUCUCACUCCUCUCACCCUAGUGUGGCGUCGGCCUGUCUGCCCGCCACCCCUUACCUCCUCACCUAUCUGUCUGGACAAAGCACCAGGUUCACCGAGCUUUGUCUCUACACGCUCGGCAACUUGUGCCCGGACAGCGACCUCGUGAGGGACAAACUUCUGGCUCAGGGAAUCAUACCAGCGCUUGCCAACUGUAUGGAGAACCAGAAGCAUAAUUCGGUGGUAGUGGAAGCUGUGGGCUUCACUCUUUCUCAGCUUCUCCAAACCAAAGAAGCAGCAAGCAAAGUAAUUCCGUGUGUUCUGGCCUCCAGUUUACCUACACAACUCUUAGCAGUUCUGACACCCGACCAUCAUUUUUCAUUGGGCCCCGCCAUCGAGUGUGCAUGGUGCUUACACUACCUUACAUGCAGUUGUGAGGAAAACAAAGAACUGUUGGCUUGUGGAGCACUGUUGCAGUGCAGUACCUUGAUCGUGUCGCUUGGCGGUGCUGCUGCUCAAGGAAACAAAGAGGAUGGGCUCGAACUGCUGAUUUGUCCUCUACUGAGGUGCAUGGCCAACUUGCUGUCCUCCUGCACGGCAGACCAGCCAAGCGCCUGCCUGACGGACGUGAAGCUGGCGGCCGCUCUGUGCGCGCUGCUUCAGGCUUACGUGCGGACUCGACCCGCCUUGGCCAGGGAGACCGCAUGGGUCCUCAACAACCUCACAGCUCAGUCCAGCUUUUUCUGCUCGGCCCUGCUGACUCUCAACUUGGUCCCGGGACUUCUCCAACUUCUGCCGUUCUCUCAGGGCAUCAACACAAUGAUCCUGAGAGUUCUAGCAAAUGUGGCCCACAGCAAAAAGGAGUUCUGCGUGCAGCUGGCACACGCGGGGCUGCCGUCUUCUCUCUUGGCCACGCUCAAAAUGGCCGAUCGUGAGGCGCUGAGCCUGAGUAUGGACGUCCUUUACAUGCUGCUAGCUAGUAGUCCUCAAGUGGUAGAGGACUUUGUCAGGCAGGGCGGCAUUUCGCUUCUAGAAAGUUUUCAAUACCACAGCGAAGAAGACUUGAGGAGAAGGGCCGCGUACCUCCUGGAGCGCCACCUGUUGUCUUCUUCUUCACACGGGGACAUCACGCCUUCUUGACCCAACAGCAAGUUGGAAAGAUGUGUGCACUGACAUUAUGUACAUAUGACAAUAGAAUACUACGUUUUAACAUAUAUGAAAGGGGCAAGCGGUAGAAAAAUGGAUGGAUGGGAUGGUGUUUACUCUCUAACAAACUUGUACAAAUGUAUUAAACAGGAAAUAGUGCCAGAAGUCAGGAAACACUUUGCGAUCUGCAGUAAAUGUUACAUACACUGUAUAUUUUGCCAAUAUUAUAUUCAUCCAUUAUCACUGAACAUUUUAAUAAUUAAGAUUUGUCUAGUACCCUAAAAAUCCUUCUGUUUUUCAUUACUACCCAUUACUUUUUGUACUCAACCAGGGGUCCCCAAACUUUAUGACUCGGGGGGCCACAUUGGGUUAAAAUAAUUUGGCUGGGUUUUGUGUGUGUGCGUGCAAGAGAAGUCAAUUUGUACAACUUCAUCAACAAUAUUUGCCUGAGCGGCUGGACAGGACAAAUAAAAAAAAAAAAAUGUAUGAAUUUUUUUCCCCUUUGUUUGGAGAGGUCUUGCGGGCCGGAUUGUGGACGCUGGCAGACAGAAUCCGGUCCGCGGGCCAUAGUUUGGGGACCCCACUACUCAAUAAUUCUAAACUUGGACCUGGAUGGUGUUCUGUCUCCCGGAAGAAAGUUUGCAUAUUACAUGUUUUUUUAAAUGUCUAUUAAUUUGAAGUGCUGUGAUGAUCAUAACUUGGAAUACUUUUACCCCUCAGGUCAAUUCUUAAACUGAUUGUGGAUAUUAUUCUAUAUCAAAAUGUCCAAGAUUGCUUCCUGUAUCUUACCUAAUGGAACAUAAAUUAUUAUUUUAGCACCUUUUUUCUACAGUUGUUAAAUAAAUGAUGAGGAUGGCUAACACAACAAUUUUUUAUUGUAAGCAAAGAGAAUGCACGUCUUUCAGCAUUUUGUUUUUAUUUCACUAACAUUUGCAAUCUGACAUUGAAUCAGAUGAGAUUGUGGAAUUUAUAUAUUUUUUAAUCAUUGUCUCCUCAAAUUACCCCAUGUUGCGGCCUGCAGGUCAUUUUUAACGGCCCCACGGUACAUUUAAAAAAUACAAUUGAAAAAAAUUAAAAACAUAAAAAAUUAUAUUAAAGGGCAAACAGGUGAAAUGUAACAAGAACAUUUUGCAAUGCUUUAAUAACACAAAGCUGCCAUGCAGGCUGUUUCUUU